AUGGCACUCUCGACGCGCAACAUCUUCCUCGUCGCGUUGGGUGUUAUUGGAACCUACGGAACCUGGGGCCGGUGUUUCCAAGAUGGCACCCUCGGAUACAUUCUCACCGCUGUCUUUAGCGACAAACAGCCCUUCCUCCUUCCCGGCACCGAUAGAGAGCCCCUCAUCAAGAACAUGACGGGCAUCUGGCCACUGGACCGCUUACUCGCCGUCCUCGUCCUCUUUUUCUGGCAAGCAGCUGACGGCUCCCACCCUACCACUUCCGCCGUUGGGCUCUAUUUUGCUGCUCAGCAUCUGGGGCUGGUGGUUAACAUGCACCUGGGGAGCCUACACGGAAGAUCGAAACUCAACCCCACGCUCUGGACCCUCCUCUUCCAGGCUCUGGCCAUAGGCACCGCCGGGCCGCUCUACGCCUUUCUCCACCUCUCCACCGCCGCCGCCGCCGCCACCACCACCCCUCGUCUCAACGCCGCCUCCACCACACGCGCCAUCCGCUCUCUCCCCCUCGCCUGCCUCCUCGGCUACGUCCUCCCCGCCCUGCUCAUGGCCCUCCGCGGCCACGGCUUCAAACAGCACGCCAUCGCCGCCUGGAACGUCUUCCCCGUCUGGAUCCUGUUGGUGCAGCGGCUCGUCCAGCUCCCCGCGCUCCUCCUCCUCUCCCCCUCUUCUUCUUCUUCUUCUUCUUCUUCUUCUUCUUUCCCAUCCUCCUCCCGCGCCGUCUACGCCGCCACCAUGCUCGUCGCCGCCGCCGCCCACGUCGCCACCGUCGCGCUGACGGCCGCCGCCGCGCUGUUCCCCAUGGCCUUUGCGCCGGGCUACGCCGCCGCGCUGCGACCCGGCCGCGUGUUCGUGCCGCCGGUGGCACUGGCGGCAGCGCCGUCGUCAGCCGCGACCACCGCCACCAUCGGCGAGGGCGUGCGCGGCUUCAUGCUGUGGGACCAGGCCGUUGGGUACGCCGUCGUGCUGUUCCUGGCCGUCGACGGGUUGCUGGGUAGCUGGGGCGUGGGGCGGGAAGAGGAGGAAGAGUCCGAGCGGAUCAGACACCCUCAUGAGAGCGUCGGGAUUGCGCAGCCGAAGAUGGACGUCAAGGCGGCGGCAGUGGAUGAUGUUGGUGAGAUCAAGAAAGGACGAGCAGCGGUGCGCCGUGACGGCCGCGCUUGGCUGGUGACUGGGGGCGCGGCGCUGUUGGGCGCUGUGCUGGUGGGGCCGGCGGCCGUGGUGCUGGGCUUGCAGUGGGCGGCGGACGAGUUGGCCUGGAAGACGGUGAAGGAACAAAAGAAGCGGACGGGGCGCUCGGUUGCUACCGGUCCAAGGAAAGGAAGGGCGGAUCAAGGCCGGUAG